UCACCACCAGCCGACUCCAAUUCACCAAUCCGGGCAUUUUUAUUGGUGUCAAAAUACUCUGCUUUUUUUCGCGAGAUUUUAAGUGAUUUUCAGGGUGAAAAAUUGUGAAAAACUGUGUUAGGAAGAUUCUCAUAAUCUUUCUGUGACUCUCUGUGGGUGAAAUUGUAUGAAAUUUGUGAAAUUUGGUGGAUAUUUUUUAGUGUUUCUGUGGUGGGUGUCAUCAGUGCUCUUGACUAUAAGUUUUCCGGGAUUUUCCUAGCAAUUUUAGCCUUUCCGAUAGCCUCUGUGGGACAGGACGAUUUUCAGUGAUAUUUUUAAGGUGUUUUUUAGUCCAUAGAACAUUGUCUCAGCUCCAAAUAGAGCUCCAGACUUUCCCUCAGUUGCAAAACAAAAUGGUCACGGACUUCUCGUGAAAAAAGGCCAUUUUAUCGAUUUUGCGCGACAUCCAGAGGUCAAGAGGCAAGCCCAGACGCUUCGUGGUAUCCUUAGUAUUCCAUUUGGCAUCCGAUAAGUGCCAGAAAACAUCUCAAAUUCUCAAAUAAAUCCUCAAAAUCGUGCGUGUGAGGUGCUUUGAGAGUCGUUCCGGGAAACACUUCUCAAAAUCCGUUUGGGAGGGAUGUCUAUCCGGCGUCGAGAUGUGGCUGCCUCGAAUUCUAAGUUGAGAAUGGACAGGCAGCCCAUGGUAACGCGUAUAACAGGUAAAAACCCCAGCUUGGCGGCCGGAAAGCGCAAGGAGAUAGAUAAUGUGAUGAAGAAGGCACGAGCCUCAACGGGUGAGUACUGGGACAAGAAGUUGCUGGAAGUUGAGGAGAAAGAUCCCAAUAGAUGGCGUCAUUCGGGCUACAAGAAGCUCUACAUCGAGGGUGAGAGUAGCUCUGAGGACAGCGAUGCUGUUCCAGAGUAUCGGGGCUAUAGUUCGAGGCAGCGCUCCUCUCGGAGUCGCUCACGUGGGCGCAGGAGUCCACCUCGGUCUCCGGAUCCGAGGAGGCGUACUCCUCGGUCACCGGAGAUCAGGGGAAAACGGCCAAGAUCACCGGUGGAUCCACCGAUGAGACGUAGGUCACCGAGAUCUCCUAGAUCUCCGCCAAGGUCUCCAAUGCACGACAUGAGGAGACGUUCUCCGAUGAUGCAGAAGUCCAAGGCACAGAUGAUGGCACGCUCCAAGAGGCCCCCAUCACCACCUCCCAAGCCAACUAGAUCACCAUCGAAGAGCAGUUUGAGCAGCUGCUCUGAUGACUCCUGUUCGGUAUGUUCACCGAAGCCCAGACACGCUCACUCGAGAUCUCGUUCGGUUUCGUUAUCGCGAUCGCGCCCGAUGCCCCGCUCGCCGCCGAUGGCGUCGAAGAGCGGCAGUGGCCGAGUGUUAUCGCACGGUAGUAAAUCGAAGGCCCCCUCGGGCAGCUCCACGUCGGGCUACCACAGCGGUAGCCGGGCUCACGUGCGCCCGGUCAGUCCGAGGCGUCCCGUCGCCAAGGUGCGUCCGGAUGGUGACAAAGUGCCACGGAGCACCACGCGUCAUAUCCCGCUGGAGGCCGUGGUUGAACCCGAACCGAGCGGCAAGCACGGCAAGCGUUCGUCGCGGAAGCAGCUCGUUCCUGAGGAUCCGCGCCUCAAGGUGCGUCCGCCGGAGCCCCCACAGCCCGUCGCUGUGGAAUCGAGCAGUCACUCAAAGCGUCACAAGGACAAGGCAGCUGAGAAGCUUCGUGCCAAGGUGAAGAUUGAGGGUGAGAAGAGGAAGAAGCGUCGUUCUUCAUCUUCCGGAUCAGAUGAUUCGAGCAGCAGCAGCAAUUCCCUGCCAGCCUUUACGGCUGCAACGCGUCUCACUCUGUCUGAGCGCUUUGGGAAGAUGGCUCAGUGGAGUGUGGACAGGAGCAACAUGGAAAACAUGAGGAUCACCAAGGAUAGCGCCGGAGGGGCGCUCAAGGUGAUGAUUGAGGAAGGUUUGGAGUCACCGCCAGCGAGAAAUUAUUCACCAGCUCCGCCUGGACAUUUUCCCGAGGAGCUGGCCAUGACAGCUCCAACGGGUUUGAUGUCGUGGGAUGAUGUUCGUGUGCGGUAUGAGUACUACAAGAGUCGAGGGUAUCUCAGGGAUUUGGAUCUGCAGGAUUACAUCAAAUGGGAGGAAUGGUGGUAUCGCUACCAGGAAUGGCUCAAGCAGGAGAGAUACUAUGAAUUCCUGGAGAGGCAGCAAAUGCGAGGAAGACGUAGGAAGAAGAUUCCCAUCACGCAGAGGCUCAAUUAGAGGUCGUUGUGUGACGAAAUCCUCAUUUCUUCCUUGUAUCCUUCGCUUGAAAGAGAAGUAAUGUUUCACGGAAUUUCUUACAGGAUUCCGAAAAAUAUUCUCCUCUUUGGCGAAAUUUCUUUUCUCCCAAAUGUCCAGAAAUUGUUUUAACUGAAAAUCAGAUUUAUUCUUCCAAGAUGGAGAUUUGUAAUUAUAAAACCCGAUUUUUUUUUUACAUUUAUCAUUUUAUUUUGGGUUUUAACAAAAAAUUACAUUAUACACAAAAUACCUUUUUAUUUCUCAUUUAUACACAUAAUUAUUUUUAGUAAAAUAAAUUCAUCAACAAAGUAAAA